CAUGGGCAAGACACAAGAUGGUACAUCUGCGUCGGUCUACAUACACAUUUUGUGAAAGUGAUUAAAUUGCUUCUUAAUGUGGAUAUCAAAGUAUAUCGUAAUAAUUAUGUGAUAUUACAUUUAUUUCAAGAGAUGGGUGUUCUGCUUCUGGCAAACACUUUUGAAUGUGUCCAUCAACACUACCAAUGGUGUUGAAAGGCAGCAUUGCUUGCUGAAACAGCAAUAUCUGAAGGAACAUGGUUUUGGCGGAACAUCAGCUUCACUCAUUACAAUUUUGAUGAAGAAGUUUCUUCCUGACAUGAAGAAUAGAUAUAUCCAAAAGAAUGUACAAGCUCUUGAUCAGUGCAAGCAGUUUUCACAACACAUGCCAGAGUUCCUCAAAAACAGGCCAAGGAAAUUUGUCACUCACUGUCUUGAUAGAAUUCCUCCAAAGGUAGAAGAAAUUGAUGGUAAUAAAAUGCAGAAGCAGAAUUCAACUCCACUGCAGUUCUUGGCCUCCAACCCAUCUGGUAAUGAUUACACAGUUACCUAUGAGUGUGAUAUUCCUGUAUGCUCUUGUCCAGACUUUUCAAGUUUCACUGGCCUUGUAAGCAUGUUUUAGCUGUGUUCUCAAAGUUUCCAGAACAUGGUUGGGAAAGCUUAA